UUUCCCAGCCAAACUUGAUGGUGUGUCUAUAGUUAGUCUCACCAAGUCAGUAUAUAAGCCCCCAUGGGACCAAACUUCACAUGUCAGUCACAUCAGUUCGCGGCUUGGCAUAGGCCUUUUCUUCUUGAUCGACCAAACUCCACAUCCCGUCUUGAAAUGGCACCCAAGAAGGCCAAGAGGAGGCAGCAGGCAGAGGGUGGAUCCUCCAAUGUGUUCUCCAUGUUUGAGCAAAGCCAGAUUCAGGAGUACAAGGAGGCUUUCACAAUUAUUGACCAGAACAGAGAUGGCAUCAUCAGCAAGGACGACUUGAGGGACGUGCUGGCCUCCAUGGGCCAACUGAACGUGAAGAAUGAGGAGCUGGAAGCCAUGAUUAAGGAAGCCAGCGGCCCCAUCAACUUCACCGUCUUCCUCACCAUGUUCGGCGAGAAGCUGAAGGGCGCUGAUCCCGAGGAUGUCAUCGUGAGUGCGUUCAAGGUCCUGGAUCCCGAGGGUACUGGCUCCAUCAAGAAGCAAUUCCUUGAGGAGCUCCUGACCACCCAGUGCGACAGGUUCUCCGCAGAGGAGAUGAAGAACCUGUGGGCCGCCUUCCCCCCUGAUGUGGCUGGCAACGUUGACUACAAGAACAUCUGCUACGUCAUCACACACGGAGAGGAGAAGGAGGAGUAAAAACCCCCCUCCCUUCCUUCUCUACGUCACUGACACCACCCCUUCUUACCCACCUCCUUCCCAAUGGUUUGCUCUCUCUCUCUCCUGCUCACAUAAAGACUUUUCUCAUUUCACUGAGACCUUGGGAGCGUAGAGGGCUGUGAGUAAGCCUCCUUGUGAAUGGCUGCGGGGGAAAUAGAUUAUUUAAAAAAAUAAACUUAUCACAUCAAUCUCUCUCCCUUUCUCCAGUCCCUACUCUUCCUCUCUCAGUCUCUCUACAUCGCCUCCUGUUGGCUUAACCAGUACACGCACCACAAUGUGUUCUAUUCACUGUAAAUACAGAGAAGCAAACUGAUCUCUCCAACCUUAGUCAUCUUUAGAGGGAGAAAGACACAAAUCAGAGGGGUUUUUACUCUAUAAUAGAAGCCAUUUCCUCCCUCUUCAUUUUUGUUUGCACUCCUUUUGGGGGAAAAAAGAGAGAAAGACAAAGGAAGACAGAGAGAAGAGGAAAGGAAUAAGGUUUAGUCUCCUUAAAGUGAUGGCAGCCUUGGUAGAGAGUGAGAAAGAUUGUGACAGGGAGGGGGAGAAAAAGAGGCGAAAGAAAACAUGCCGUCUUCGUUGUCUUUAUCUCUUCCUCUCGCAUCCCCCUUUCCAUCUCUUUCCCUACUUCCCUGUGUAUGUUUACUGUACCCUCCAGUUUGUCAGGAAACAUCUGUAACAAAUAAAAGCGACUAACUGUGAAUAAAAUUACUCUUUUGUA